AAAAAAAAAAAAAGGACUAAGCAACAUGCAGUGUGUGAGCCUUGGGUUAUCAGGCCACAUCGAUUUUACCUAGGAUCUUAAAUAGCAAAUCUGCCAUGAAAUGAAAUUUAAGAUUGAGAUUUCCCUUGUGAAGGGCUGUGAACCAGGACUUUGGAAAACUGAGAACUUCGAUGUUCACUUCUGGAAAGAGCUGUCAGUUCUUUGGUUGCUUUACUUUCAUUUAGAAUCUUGCCUUGGAUAUUGGUCAUCUUAGUAGGUUUGUGGUGGAGGUUUCAGAUUUUCCUAGCUGUCACAGUCAGUGAAGAGGUGCUGUGCAUUUGUUUGUGUGAUUCUGAACCUGGGACCUAUCGGGAAAGGGCAGGAGGUGGUGCGGAGGGCUUCACGUUCUGGACUCCUCAGCAGUGGUUCUGUCAUCAGGAGAGCAAGCCCCAGGAGCUGGCCAAGUGCAGGGCAGUCACUAAGACAGGUUUUACACCUGACACACACACAAAACAAUAUUUGUCCUCACUCAAUAUGAUGCACUCUGAUUUCUGUUUCAUUCAAAACAAAAGUGAGUGGUCAGCAGCAGUUCGAAAAAUACUGGACUUGAACCUGGCGACUCCAGUGUUGGCAUCACCCAGGAUCUUGUUAGAAUUGCAGGAUUUUGGCUCCUCUUUCUACCUACUGCAUCAGAAUCUGCAUUGUAAUCUUAAUAAGGUGAUCUGGGGACACAUCACAGUUUGAGAAGGCCUGGGCAGGAGGACCGUGUCUCUGGCCUACUGGGCUGGGAGGCAGUGCUGGGGAACAGUCACACUCGGGUCACCCUUGCCUGCGAUUUACUGAGCCCAGUGGAUGUUCUCAGUGGCUCCCUGAGCCCUCAUUGUCUCCUUGUUUCUUCUGCCCAAGCAGAUUCAGUCAUAUUUUAAUGUGGGCAAAAUUGCAGAUUUCAAGCUCCUUAUCCAAGGCUAAUUUUGUAUUAUGUUCAAUCACUUGGUUUUGUUCUCAUGGCUUCCUGCUUGGUAAAGGCGUAAUUACGAGGAGGUAGAACUUCUUCAGAAGCAAGUGCACAUGCAUGCCAAAGUAAGAGCAAAUCCACUCUAAACACAGGAAAAGAUCUCAGGCUUUAAUGAAGGGGGUAAGUCCAAUCCAAAAGCACUUUUGUGGGCACUGAUUGCUCAGGCUUAUGCGUCACUGCUUGAGUGUGAGGGAAGAGGGGGUACCAGGCUUUAGACAGGCUUAUGUACAAAAAAACACCUGCAGGCUGAGCUUAAAAUACUCUCCAGUCUCCAAAGAAGAGACUCAAGUCCACACAACACUGAUUUUGGGGGCUGCCAAGCAGGAUGAGCAGCUGCAGAGCUGGAGAGUCAUGCCAGUCAGCCUGCAGGAUGCUGCCGCCCCUCUGUCUGCUGCUGCUGCUCUCAGGGGCCACCGCUGCCCUUCCCCUGGAGGGCGGCCUCGCCGGCCACAACAGCGGGCAUAUGCAGGAAGUGGCAGAAAUAAAGAAAAACAGCUUGUUGACUUUCCUUGCGUGGUGGUAUGAGUGGACCUCCCAGGCGAGUGCAGCGCCCUUCACAGGAGGGGAGGUCAGGGAGGUGUCCAAACGGGAGGAGGGCCUGCCGCCCCUUCAGCAGUCCAUGCGCCGAGAUAAAACGCCCUGCAAGAAUUUCUUCUGGAAGACCUUUUCCUCCUGCAAAUAAAACCCCAGCCAUGAUUACACACACGAAGAAGUGCAGACGGAUCUGAAUAAAGUAUAUUAAGCAGCCGUGA